AUGGACUCACGAAUCUAUGCUUCAGCUGACUAUAACCCAUCUCUCGAGUGGCCUGUCUCGGAAAUUGACUCCGAAUACAACGCGCCAAUUGGGAAUCAGACUUCAGACUCGCACCACCAGACAUGCUUCAGACUCGUGGCCAAGUCCUCCGCAGUUCUCGCCCGUAAAAGGCGAGUAGCUGUACUGGAUGCAUAUGACGAAGCUCAAAUUGGACGUGAUGUCUCCACUUCUGAAGAUGUUCCUCGGAUUCGUCUCAAGGACAUGGAAGUAUCAAAGCUGCAUGCUACUUUGUUCUGGGACCGGGGGCACAAAGAAUGGGCCAUUGUAGAUAUGGGCUCCAAGCACGGGACGUUUGUCAAAUCUGAAUCACGUAAAACUUUGCCUGCUCCUACUGGCCAGUUUCAUAUGCAGACUGCCGCCGAUGAUAGCCUAGGCUUGGACACGAACACCAUUACUCUAGACCCUAUGUUCACACGUUUAUCUCCUCCAAGGCAAGCAAGUGUACCCCGGACUCUUCAUAACUCGGAUGAACUUUCGAUAGGAAGAACCACCUUUGUCGUACAUGUGCAUCCCGCGGGCAUCCCAUGCGACGAAUGUCGCUCUGACGGAGAAUUUGACAUCCCACUUUUCUCCGUGACAGGCAGCACACGAACUCAGAAGCAGUCCGCUGAGGUCGCGGGAGACACUCCAAGGGCUUCACGCGAUGCAAAAAGUGCCAUAAAUCUCUUGAAGAGGGCUCUCUUGUCCCGUCAUUCA